UGUGCACAAGGUGAAAUUAGCAACACAACUGAUUCCAUUCAUUGCAUAAAGUGUCCUUUGGAAUUCAAAUCUAAUGAAAGACGGGAUCAGUGCAUCCCAAAGGAAAUCGAGUUUCUUUCCUUUCUCGAGAUGAUGGGAAUCACUUUGGUGGCACUGGCGUUGUUUGGAGCCUGCACCACUGUUGCUGUAUUCGCAAUAUUCUACGUCUAUAGACUCACUCCAAUUGUUAAAGCUAAUAACUCUGAGUUAAGCUUCCUUCUUCUCUUUGCCCUCACACUUUGCUUUCUGUGUUCAAUUACGUUCAUCGGUGAACCUUUAGUUUGGUCUUGUAUGCUCUGCCACGUAGAGUUUGGUAUUAGUUUUGUUCUUUGCAUAUCAUGUGUUUUGAGUAAAACAAUUGUCGUGGUGAUGGCAUUCAAAGCAAAGUUUCCCAACAAUAAUAUGAUGAAGUGGUUUGGACCAAGACAACAACGGCUGAUGGUUUACAUCCUUACCCUGGUACAAUGUGCAAUAUGUACUGCCUGGUUAAUUCUAUUUCCACCUUAUCCUUUGAGAAGCACUAGUCACUCUCAUGAGAUAAUCGAGUUUGAAUGCAACGUGGGAUCUUCGUUAGCAUUCUAUUGUGUUCUCGGUUAUAUUGGAUUUCUUUCCUGCGUGUGUUUUGUGGUAGCUUUUCUAGCUCGACAACUUCCAGAUAACUUUAAUGAAGCUAAGCACAUAACGUUUAGCAUGCUUAUCUUUUGUGCAGUUUGGAUAACUUUCAUUCCAGCUUACAUAAGUUCGCCAGGAAAAUAUGCUGUGGCAGUUGAAGUAUUUGCUAUUUUGGCCUCCAGUUUUGGUCUGCUUAUUUGCAUUUUUGCUCCAAAAUGUUAUAUUAUUCUUCUGAAUAAAGAAAAGAAUACAAAGAGGAACAUGAUGGGCUCGGUGUCUUCCAAAAAAAGCUUUGGAAAUGUUCAUAAAUGA